UUUCUCCAGUUGAAUGUAAAGACGAAAAUGUCCAAAAUAUAUAUGUUUUUUUGCUCCCAAAUAACGUCUAUACUGAGGUGAGGUUUUCCUGGUGGAAASCCGAUCCUCCACGUGGUUUGUUGUUUACGUCCUCCAGGAAAGUGACGCCGGGGCCAAGAGAACAGCGCUGAUUGGGAAACAUCAUUCCUGGAUACGAUUUCAAAGCAGCAAGUUGGACGACAGGAAAGUAUAUCGGCUGCCUCAUCCACAAAGAGGUUAGAAGAAGAAAAAAAACCUGACUCCUGUUUGUAACUUUCUCUGGUUUUACUAAAAUCCACAAGAAGAAUGUUUCAGCUUGGAAGCCAGCUUGCCCAGUUUCACUUCUCCACGGGACCCAGUACUGCUACUGCAGGUGCCAAAGGACAACCUGACCCCCCUACACAGCCUACUCUAACAGUACAGGACUUUAUCCAACAUGUCAGGAAAGUUGGCGGACUGAAAAAAGAAUAUAUUUUCUGCGACCUACGAGUCCCGACCCAGUUCCAAACCAACAAGGCAGACGACAUCAACCUUGUCAUCCUCACAGGUCACGGGGUGUUCUGCAUGACGUGAAGCCCUGGAGAGGAACGGUGUUUCCAGCAGCAGAACUGGCACGUUCAGCUCAAAGAACAGACCAAACAUUUACCAACACCUCCAUAGAACAGGUGGCAGACCCCUUGAGGCCAUCAUGACCAAGACGGCUAACCUGUGGCAGUACCUGAGGAGGAGCGGCGUGUCAGUGCGUCAGGAGCUCUUCUUUCCCAGGCUAGUCUUCCUCGCCCCGGACUGCCAGCUGGAUGAAGAGCUGAGGAAGAGGAGGGAGCUGGUCUCCCCACAGUCAAAUAGAUGCGUUCCUCCGCUCCUUCAGAGAGGGCUAUGCAGCCUGGAUAUAGACGCACUGACUCCUGCCUGGCUGUCUGGUCACCUGUCGUACGGUCAGAUCGGGGAGCUGAAACAGGUGGUGAGGAGGAUGGGGACCUGGGACCUGGUCAGACUACAGGGAGGAGAACAGCUCAAGGGAGACUUCCGGAGCUGUCCUUACAUCGCUCUGAACCGCCAGGAGACGGACACCAUGGAGUUCUUCAAGAUCAAAACGCUGUCUGCUAAUUCGCUGUGGGCUCUGCUGGGACACGCCCCUCAG